AUGCUCAAGCGGUCCAAAACUUUUACAGGCUGCUGGACCUGUCGAUCGCGACACGUCAAGUGCGACGAAAACAAGCCCUCAUGCCACAGAUGCCGCACCGCGGGCAUCACUUGUGAGGGAUACAGCCAUCGCUUCAUCUGGAUCGCCGAGAACGGCAUCGAGGACCCGGACAAUGCCGGUAGCACGACUUCCCAUCGAAAGACGAAGCGACGGACCGGCUUGACCGUGUACCCGACAAGUCAUCAGCUAAGACUGCCAAGUGCCACAAUCGCUGUGUGGCUGAGCGAGCUUGAAGGAGUGGUACCCAGUCACCGUUGCUCACGGGUCCGAGGGCCCUUUUGCGUCUUUUCAACUGCCGACCACUAUGCUCUCGAGACUGUCCAUGAGCAGCGGCACGACGGACUUGUCAAUAAACAUUAUGGAGCUCCUACGUUUGCGCUUGCUACACAUCCCAUGCCGCGUCGGUACAGGGCGCUCAUGCACCAUUGGGCCACGAGCCUCAGCGGCGAUAUAGUAGCAGCUGAUGGCAGCGACAACAUGCCUCGAACGGUCUGGACCCCCAUUGCCCUCACUGCUCUGCAGUGUAACGCCCCAGUUUCUGCAGAUUACGACGCUUGUGCGUGCCUACUACAUAGCAUCUGCGCAACCGCCGCCCACCACCUAGGUAUCCUCCAUCAAAAUGACCAACGAGGGCCAUAUGCCACACUUGCUUUGCAGCAUAACCAGUUGGCGCUACGUCAUCUCCGUCGAUAUCUUUCAAAAAGAGCCAAUGUUGCACCAGUCUCCUUGACUCUCAUGGCCAUACUCGGCUGCCUGGUCGCGGAUACAAUAUCUGGCCGAGUGCGGGGAUGGAGGAGCCAUCUCUGGGCGGGCUUGCAGAUCCUACAAAGCGCCGCUCCUUCUUCCUUUUCGUCUUGCUCUCAUCUACCGAGGCUCUUGCUAGUAUUUUUAUCCAUCGUUGCUGUGUGCGGGUGGGCGCUGCCAUCAGAGAUGCAGACAACUCUGCUAAGCCGCGUUCCGCCAAACGAGUCGUAUCUCAAAGAGCGUCAUGGCAUAUCACACGAAACUCUGCGACUGUUGCUUUGGGCUAAUCGUAUCAAGCCGUCACAAGGUCAAGCGCAGCGGCUCCAGCAGCGCGAUGCUCUGGAUAGCCGGCUAACUCAGUUACAAUCUCUGCCCAGCGAAUUAUGCAGCUCAGCUGUCGCGGCCACCAAAGCAGAUUUGAUGUCUAGUGCGUUUCAUUUUGCCACGGUAAUCUUCGCAAUGAGAAGAUUAGGAUUCAGCAGCGCAAGUGAUCAAAUACAGGCCGUUGCCAACUCUGCGAUGGAUUGUCUGGACGCUGUCGAGGUUUCCGCCGGCAAAGGAAGCAUGAUGAUAUGGCCCAUCAUGGUCACAGCAGCUGAGUCUUGCGGCAAUCCUGUGCUCCAGCACAGACUCAGCAGAAUACUUUUGAAGAAACAAAAGGUUGGAUUUGGCCACAUAAGCAAAUUGGUGCAGCUUGCAAAAGCCAAUCUGGAGGGGCAGGGCGCGGUGUCGCAGUACUUUGCCCGAGGGUUCCUUUGCUCCGAGCUUUUGGGCUCUGUAUACGAUGUGCCGCCAAUUUAA